UGAGUUGUCCCUGCUCUCCUGAGCCGGCCAAAGGAGAACCCUGGAGUCCACCAGGGGCAGAGUGGGUACUGGGAGCAUCACCAGGGUUCCUGGGCUACCAUGAAGGGGUAGGAGUUGCAGUGGGCAGUGGUCGGGGACUGGGGUAUGGGUCAAUGGUCUUGGAGAAGGCACUUCAAGAGGCAGAACUGGUCACUCCUGUAGAGAAAUGACCCUCCCUCUCCAUCUACCAACACCCAUUCUCUCCUGUUUAGGACUCCCUGCCCAGCCCUACCACAGCCAUUCCUAUCUACCAGGAAUUACAACAGCCCGACGCAAACAUUUACUGCAAGAUUAACCACAAAGCAGAAAUGGCUUCUUAGUUUCCCAAGUGCCUGGGGUCCCCUGAGACCCAGGACUCUAAGGGAGUGAGAAGCCACAGUCGGAACCAGAGAACCAGCUCUAGGCCGUGAGGAUAUUCAGGGACAUGGACCAAGGGUCGGGGUCAUCACCAUCCUUCUCUACAAACUGCUGGUGGGCAGCCUGGACUUGGUCAUCUGACUGUGGAGUCACUUCCUGAGGAUCCAUAGACCCUCCAUGGGCACAGGAGAGGGAGAGGAGGCCCCACCCCCACAUCAUGGGGUCUCCGUCUGGCUGGGCAUCUGCUGAAGCAGCAUUUCUAGGUGUCACCUGGGCGUUCACAGUCUUGAUAAAGUUCCACAGGUGACUCCAGCGCACAGUGGGUGUGACACCUCUGCGAUGAGCAUUCCUGAGGCAGCCCCCAGCCUCCUGCUCUGAAGGGAAAGCCACGCGGGGAGGAGAGAGGGCUGUGGGGGCGCUCACCCUGCACUGUGCCCCCGAGCUGUGGGGGUCACCGGACCCCAAUGUCACAGGCUUGUGCUUGUCCAAACAAGGGUGUGUGUGCUCUCGCAUAUGGUGGGAAAUCACAGCUGAAGAGGGGGAGGCCUCAGCAGGUCCCAGGGAACUGCAGUGUAAACAAAAAUGAAAUGGGAAGAAGGGGACAAGGGAGUUGGGAAGGAUGGAAGCAGGGGGAGGGGACCUGGCAGGGACCCCGCCCCUGGCCCACGUGACACCACCCUGAACUCCUGCCCACAAAGGCCACUCAGCAUAGAGGGAGGCAGGAAUCCAGACCUUCAAGACCAGACAGCAGUAUCCACAUGUUUCUGGAGCAGAAGCUCUUCUCACAGAGGGAGGGACAGAGUGGGCAGCAGGCACCAUGGAGUUCCCCUCAGCCCCACCCCAACGAGGACAUGUCCCCUGGCAGGACCUCCUGCUGGCAGUCUCACUCUUAACCUUCUGGAACCCACCCACCACUGCCCAAGUCACUGUGGAAUCGGUGCCGCCCAAUGCUGCCGAAGGGAAGGACGUUCUUCUGCGAGUCCACAGGCUGCCUGGGGAUCUUGUAGGUCUUAGCUGGUUUAGAGGGGCAAGUAUAGCGCCCAGCCGUCAAAUUCUAUCAUAUGUAGUAGACACACAAGUAACUACCCCAGGGCCUGCACACAGCGGCAGAGAGACAAUAUACCCCAAUGGAUCCCCGCUGCUCCGGAGAGUCACCCUGAACGACACAGGAAACUACACCCUACAAAUCGUGAGGACAAAUACUCAAGUGGAACAAGGAACAGGACAAAUCCGCGUAUUCCAUGGCCCGGACGCCCCCACCAUUUCCCCCUCAGACUCUCAGUACCGUCCAGGGGCCAGCCUCAGGCUCUCCUGCCACGCAGCCUCUAACCCACCCGCACGGUACUCUUGGCUUAUCAAUGGGAGGCCCCAGCCGUCCACACAGGAGCUCUUUAUCCCCAACCUCACUGCGAAUGAUAGUGGAGCCUAUACCUGCAUCGCCUCUAACUCUGGCACUCACCUCAAUAAGACCACAGUCCAGACUAUCACAGUCUCCGGCCAUGGUCCGGCCAAUAGCUCCACAUCCCCGGACUCCCUGCCCAGCCCUACCACAGCCAUUCCUAUCUACCAGGAAUUACAACAGCCCGACGCAAACAUUUACUGCAAGAUUAACCACAAAGCAGAGAUGGCUUCUUAGUUUCCCAAGUGCCUGGGGCCCCCUGAGACCCAGGACUCUAAAGGGUCAGGAGCUGAAGUCGGAUCCAGAGAACCAGCUCUAGGCCCUGAGGAUAUUCAGAGACAUUGACCAAGGGUUGGGCUCUUCACCAGCCUUCUCUAUAAAUUGCUGGUGGGCAGCCUGGAAUUAGUCAUCUGACUGUGGAUCACUUCCUGCAGUGAUGUCCACAGCACCCCCUGCCCUGAGCGAUGGAGACAGAGGCCAGUCCACACUCCCUGCAGCCCUCUCUACCUCUUCCUUGUUCAUAAUGCUCCUUGUUAAGAAUGGAGAAAAAGUAGACACAACUGGAACAUCAUGGCUUCCAAGACCUGGGAACAGCUGUGGGUCAUCAGCACCACAGACAGUGUCUCAUCGAGUUGAGCAGGGAGGAGGCAUUGAGGGACUGCUGGAGAGGCUGCCUAUUUCUGUUCUACAGAAGAAAGAUGCAAUGAGGCAGAACGCUAUCACAGGGGCAACCCGAUUCUGCUCUCAUGUGAAUCGUAAACUCUUUCAGCAUGUCUGGAUGUUACUUGUUGUCACAUCAACAAUAGCUCCCUGCAUGGCUGAUUGCUGCCCCCAGAGGGUGGCCUCAGGGAGGCUGGGAGUCUGCUCCAGCCUCUUGGGAAACCUCCUGACCCCUGAGAGUCAGGCCCCUCUCUUGUAUACAAUAAGGAAGACAUGUUUCAUGAUUAA